AUGGCAAUGGUAGCCACACGAACACCGGACAUUGGUCAAACGUUGCGGCGAUCGGUGCGUCGCCGUAAACUUACGGUAAAAGCACGCCUUAGUCUGGUGACAAAGAAGACUCGGCGAAUACGAAGGAUUAAGGACCAGUCGAAUGUGCCAGAUGUGAUAACACAGGUUGUCGAAACCACAGUUUCUGCUUCGUCUCACCUUAUGGAUCAGGUCCGACUGCCUACGCUUGAUUAUGAAACGUAAGUAGGAUUUAUCUUGGUACAAGGAAAAAGUAUUAAAAAUUAAAAUAUGAGCAGUAAAAAUUUUUUUUAGUUUGCACGCUUUGCGAAUCCUUCCAAUGUAUUCGGAAAACCUCCGAAUUCAACAUCCAGCUUUGCCGUUGAAGCCGGCUUCAGCGCCCGAAUUCUCGUUAGUCCUGGAUUUAGACGAAACUUUAGUUCAUUGUAGCUUAGUAGAAUUGCCUGACGCUCAGAUGCGAUUCGAAGUGGAGUUUGAAGAAAACAACUGUCAUGGUAUUCUAGAGGUCUCAGUACGAAUACGACCGUACCUCUUUGAGUUCUUGGCGAAAAUGUCACAAAAUUUUGAAAUUAUUUUGUUUACAGCCAGUAAAAAAGUUUAUGCCAACAAGUUGGCUGAUUUGCUAGAUCCUGAAGGAAAAUAUUUUGAUCAUCGGCUCUUCCGGGAACAUUGUGUGUGUGUUUUUGGAACCUAUGUUAAAGAUUUAAACGUGUUGGGGAGAGAUGAACGUAAAACUAUCAUCAUUGACAACUCUCCUCAGUCUUUUGCGUACCACGUUGAUAAUGGCGUACCAAUUGAAAGUUGGUUUAUGGAAAAGGAAGAUGAGGAGUUAGCAAAACUUAUUCCGUUUUUGGAAAAAAUUGUUAAAGACAAGGUAAUUCAGCUCAAAUGGUGUGCUUGUUUUAUAAUUACAGUUUAUUGUACAAUAUUGAUACAAUUUUCGCUUCAGCCUUAUGACGUGCGACCUUUGAUACGAGAACGCUACGGUUUAAGCGAACUGAUAGAAACCGUACCAAUUUGCAGCGACUAUACCAUCCAAAACUUAACCUCACUCUGA